GUAGAUCUAAAAAGUUGUAGACAAAGGCUUUCACCAAAGGAAAAAAAAAAGGUGUAGACAAAGACAUAGAAAGACAUAGAAGGGACCGUUAAGGACGACUAGACUAGAUUUGGAAGAAUCUUCUUCAAUAUCGAGUUGAUCUCAUGCAUAAGAGGUGGUUUGCUGCCUCUAAAUGGUGAUGUAGAGAUAAUUGAGGUUGCAAAAAUAUUAAUGGAGUUAGGAAUUUGUCAUGUAUAGGUGGAGCUUGACCACUCCAACAUGUAAGGAGAAAUUGGAGUAGAAACUUUGGUAGGGCCUUUUCUUUAUGAGGUAAAUAUUAAAGUUGGUGAAGGGUCAAGUAGAAUGCACCCUAGGCAUGGCAAAAUGGCUUUAUUUCAACAUGACAUGCUAGGAAGUGAUGUGGAUGACGAUGAGCUGGUGGUUGGUAUUGAGAAAAUGAAUCAUAUAUAUGUUGAUUUUGAGACUUUCAAUUGUGCAGCAAGUAAACAAAUUGAAAAAGGCAAACAAAAAGUAAUAGAGGUGUCUAAAGGAAAGAAGAACUUGAAUCCCUUUUCAAAUUCCACUAAUGCAAACCAAGCUUCAAAUGGGAUUAUAAUUAGAGAUGUUGAAGGUGAAGGCCCUACAUUUGUUGCAAAUUUUGAUUUGGAGAAUAGUGAUUUUGACUUUAGUGAUAGGGACACUGAAUAUGUUAAUAGUAGUGAUCCUGGUAGCGACUAUAGUGAUAACUCGAUUGAGGACUUGGACUCAUUUGUGAAUGAUGAUGCACUAAGGACUGCAAGUAGUGACCUUUAUUAUGAUCCUAACUAUGAAAUUCCACACUUUGAAGUUGGAAUGGUUUUUGAAAAUGCAAUUCAAUUUAAAGAAGCCAUUGCCAAAUACUCUGUUAAAAAAGGAUGCAAUCGCCAUUAGAAGAAGAAUGAACCGGGAAGACAUGGUAUGCUUGUGAUGUUAAGCAUGGUUGUCCUUGGGAAAUCUAUGUUGGUUUUGACAAUGCUUACAAUUGUUUCAAGAUUAAGACAUAUUAUAGAAAGCAUGCAUGCUUUAAAACUAAUAAGAAUAGAUUAGUGACACGACCAUUCUUAAUAAAUGCAUUAAGGACAU